AUGUGCGAUAGCAUUGGAGAGGUUAACUGUUUCGACGCAACAUGUGUCGGUACCGCAUGCAUUAAACGUUCCGCUCUCAUUGAUGGAUUUCUACGAGUGCAAAAAAUGUGCCAACAAACAAGUGAACCAUUACUAGAAUACUGUGAAACAAGUGUUCUUUGGAAAGGAGGUACAGGUGCCGAAUGCAUUUGUCAAACUGAUUAUUGCAAUAACACCGGAAAAGGACCUAAAAACGAGAUUGUUUUAAUUAAAGAUUGUUCUCAAACUUUCAAACGGCAAAAGGAAGUCGAUAAAACUGCUCUGUAA